AUGGAAAAGAGAGCUGCAGAAGCAGACGCCCAAAACCGCCGUACUCCAUGCUCCUACUGCUGCACUACUGCACUAGUCGGAGUACCACACAAUACGAGAGUGGCCGGUCGCACUGAGCAGCGCAGCACACUGCAAACUGUAGUAGUGUGAUGUGUGACAACCGAGCUGGAGCCUGGAGCUGGCGGCCCCUACUCGCUGAAGACCGGAAGAGAGGGCUCUGGUCGUUACACGAGAGGGUUUUAACGGGGAGGGGAGGGGAGGGGAGGGGAGGGCAGGGGAGCAUUGGUAGCAGCAGUAUUCUUUCCCUUCCUGCUCGAUGCAUCCCUUUCUUCUCUAGCCUCGCAAAGUCGCACUCUUUGGGUGUUCUCGCCUCCUCCUCGGGCGACGCUGCCGCCGGCGGAGGUGCACUCCCUGUCUCCCUCUGACUCCCUCCCCCUCUUUCCCUCGCCAUUAAUUUGCCGCCUGCCAUCCCGGCCGCGCUUCAGUACGCCUGAAAGUUCGGUUUUGGCUCCCAUGGGCGGUGGACGCAACUAGCAUUUCUUUCUUGGCGGUUCUUGGUGUCUUGUGGUUGUGGGGGUGGGCACCGAGCAGCUUCAUAGGAAUGGGGGUGGCGCGGAGGGAGGAGCACCGGGCGGCCGCCGCCGCGUUCCUGUACGCGCUGACGGUUCUUGGGGUGUUGGCGGGCGGCGCCGGCGUCCGCGCUUUCGAGGACGGCACUGCGGUGUACAUUGUCACCAUGAAGCAGGCGCCGGUUUCCCACAGGCGACUUAACUUGGAGAAGUUCGGGAGCAGCAAGGCUGCUACUGCCGUCGGCCGCGGCGGCAGCGGAGGAGGAGGAGGAGGAGACACCCCGACCACCAGCGUCCUCAGGAAGCCGAGACAGAGUUCACCCAAACCUAUGAAUUAUGGCUCAUAUAUUGUUCACCUCCAAAAAUCACUAUUGAAGAGGACUCUAAGGGGAGAGCAUUAUGUAAAGCUGUAUAGCUACCGCUACUUGAUUAAUGGUUUUGCUGUUGUCAUUACUCCUCGGCAGGCAGACAAGCUAUCCGGGAGAAAAGAAGUAGCGAAUGUGAUGCUGGAUUACUCAGUUAGGACAGCAACAACUCAUACCCCUGAAUUUCUUGGACUGCCACAAGGAGCCUGGGUUCAAGAAGGUGGUCCACAAUUCGCGGGACAGGGUGUUGUCAUUGGCCUCAUCGACACAGGAAUAGAUCCAACCCACCCUAGCUUUGCAGAUGAUCUAUCGACUGAUAGUUAUCCAGUACCUGCUCACUACUCUGGCAUUUGUGAGGUUACAAAUGAUUUUCCAUCUGGAUCUUGCAAUAGAAAGCUCGUGGGGGCUCAGCAUUUUGCAGCAUCUGCAAUAACUAGAGGAGUCUUCAACGCAUCUCAGGAUCUUGCUUCACCAUCUGAUAGUGAUGGCCAUGGGACGCAUACAGCAUCCAUUGCUGCUGGCAAUCAUGGAAUUCCUGUUGUUGUGGCUGGGCAUCAAUUUGGAAAUGCAAGCGGCAUGGCUCCUCGUGCACACAUUGCUGUCUAUAAAGCUCUUUACAAAAGCUUUGGUGGUUUUGCUGCUGAUGUUGUGGCUGCAAUAGAUCAGGCAGCUGAAGAUAAUGUUGACAUUAUCAGCUUGUCCAUUACUCCUAAUCGGAGGCCUCCUGGACUCGCAACAUUCUUCAAUCCAAUAGACAUGGCACUCUUGUCAGCUGUAAAAGCUGGCAUAUUUGUGGUGCAAGCUGCAGGAAAUACUGGUCCUUCCCCUAAAAGCAUGUCUUCCUACAGUCCCUGGAUAUUUACUGUUGGAGCUUCUGCCCAUGACAGGGUAUACAGUAACUAUGUUGUGCUUGGCAACAAUUUGACCAUUCAAGGAGUUGGCCUUGCUCCUGGAACGGAUGGUGAUCCCAUGUAUAAUUUAGUUGCUGCACCACAUGCACUGAAGAACAAUACAGCCAGUUGUAAUGAAAUGUCCCUUGGGGAGUGCCAAGAUUCGAGUCACCUAGAUGCAGAUUUGAUAAGAGGAAAGAUACUAGUGUGCAGCUAUUCUAUAAGAUUUGUGCUUGGUCUUUCUUCUGUGAAACAAGCUCUAGAUACAGCCAAUGAUGUCAGCGCCGCAGGAGUUAUAUUCUAUUUAGACCCAUUUGUUCUUGGGUUUCAACUGAACCCAACUCCAAUGCACAUGCCUGGGCUUAUAAUACCAUCAUCUGAUGACUCAAAGGUAUUUCUCACUUACUACAAUGACUCCCUAGUGAGAGAUGGGACAUCAGGUCAAGUUGUUAGCUUUGGCGGAGUUGCUAAAAUAUUAGGGGGUCUAAAUCCAAAUUAUGGAAAUUCUGCUCCGAAAGUAAUGUUCUAUUCUGCUAGGGGUCCUGACCCUGAGGACAACACACUGUCAAAUGCUGAUAUCUUGAAACCAAAUCUAGUAGCACCGGGAAGUUCCAUUUGGGGUGCUUGGAGUUCAGUUGGAUUGGAUUCUGCUGAAUUUGCUGGUGAAAGUUUCGCAAUGCUCUCUGGCACAAGUAUGGCUGCGCCCCAUGUCGCUGGCCUCGCCGCUCUAAUCAAGCAGAAGUUUCCUUCUUUUAGCCCAGCAGCUAUAGCUUCUGCACUGUCCACAACCACAACUCUUAGUGACAGGCAAGGGAAACCAAUCAUGGCACAGCGAACAUACAGCAACCCAGACUUGACGCAGUCUCCAGCGACAUCUUUUGAUAUGGGGAAUGGCUUUGUCAACGCCACCGCUGCUUUAGACCCGGGGCUCAUAAUUGAUUGCAGCUAUGAUGAUUUCUUCUCCUUUCUUUGCGGCAUAAAUGGGUCUAGCCCAGUCGUGAAAAACUACACUGGCAACAGCUGCGUGGCCUCCACCAUGACAGGAGCAGAUCUAAACCUACCAUCAAUCACCAUAGCCGUGCUCAACCAAACAAGAACCAUAACGAGAACGGUGAUCAACGUGGCCGCUGACGAGAGCUACUCUGUCAAUUACAGUGCCCCUAAUGGAACUGCAGUUUCCGUGGUGCCGACGCAAUUUUUCAUUCCAAGCGGACAGAAGCAGCUCGUGACCUUUGUUGUGAACGCCACCAUAAACAGCUCCACUGCGAGCUUCGGGAACGUUGGGUUCCAGGGUAACAAAGGCCACCGGGCGAUCAUCCCAUUCUCGGUGAUCUCCAAGGUUGUAUACAGUUCCUGAUGACUGAUGAGCCGAGCUGAUGCAGUGGAUGCAAUGCAAAUGCAAAUGCAAACCAGGGCCUGACUGAUCCAGCGUAUGCAGUGAUGACUUGACUGCAUGGAGGUGGAGCUUGCCUUUGACUAGAGAAAUUUUUUGUUGGUUGUGGCGUGUACAUUCUGAAGCAUGUUGAUGUAAGUAGCUGAGUGAUUAACCAGUAACUGUAAAGAGAAUGUACUGCCAGAUAUCCAGAAUGGGAAAUCCUUGUGCAACCAGAAUGUUAAAUAGCACUCUGUUGGGGUUUGAUUUA